UUAUUAUCACCAGGAUCAUCAUUUUAUUUGCAAUUAUCACGCGCGUGACAUUUUACGUUGAAGAAAUAAGAAAAAAAAAAAAAAAUUUAAAAGAGAUACAAUAAAAGAAAUUAAAGAAAAAAAAAUUCAUAAUUGUUAUUGGGUUUAUUUGAAUGAAUAUAUAUAAAUUUGCACAUAUAUUAUUUUGUAUUUAUUGAGGGGGGAAUUAAACAAAAAAAAAAAAAAAAAAAAAUUCUGGGCUCGUGAUAAAAAGCUUGACAAUCAGAUAUCUGUAUUUUCACCAAUGAGCGAUGAGUACAGUUGCCUGCUAAGACAAAACUGUGUAACACAAGCAACAAUCAGCCACUGUUUUUUCACAAUCACAAGAAACAACCCACGACAAUAUAAAAUUAUUUACAAAAAAUUUAUUAACACGGAUCAAUACGAAUUAAUUGGAUAUCGCCAUGGGGCUCGACUUCCUGGCAGAUGGAGGUGCAGACUUCGAACAUGCAAUAAGCGUAACAGGCUUUGGAAAAUUUCAUUACAUGCUGCUUGCAAUAUGCGGUUUGAUCUACAUGGACACUGCAAUUGGUGUGACGAUAAUAUCAUUUGUCCUUCCUGCAGCACAGUGUGAUCUUCAAAUGGAUUCGACAUCCAAGGGAUGGCUUACAGCAUCACCAAUGCUUGGUAUGGUAAUUGGAUCGUACAUUUGGGGAUGUCUAGCCGAUACAAAAGGUAGAAAAAUAGUAUUAAUUGCAACAUUACUAAUGGACGGUGUUGUUGGAAUAAUAUCAUCUUUUGUCGGUAACUUCUGGGCUUUCUUAUUCUUCAGAUUCCUCAAUGGAUUCGCUGUCACUGGAGCAAUGGGAAUAUGUUUUCCAUAUCUCGGUGAAUUUCAACCAACAAAAUAUCGUGAAAAAAUUCUCUGCUGGAUGGAGAUGUUCUGGACAGUUGGUGUUAUUGUUUUACCCCUAAUUGCAUGGUUAAUUGUACCACUGGAUUUCACCUACAAAACCGAUUCAUUUUAUUUUAAAUCAUGGAAUUUAUUCGUUGCAAUUUGUGCAUUGCCAUCAUUGAUGUUAUCACUCUGGUUAUUUGCAUUUCCUGAAAGUCCAAAAUUUCUUUUAGAAUGUGGUGAAACUGAAAAAGCACUUGAAGUAUUUAAAUGGAUUUAUGCCAAAAAUACUGGCAAUGAUCCAUCAACAUAUCCAGUUAAAUCACUUCAAGAAAAAUCAAAUUCAAAAGACACAAAUACAAGAGCAUUAAAAUUAUUAAAACACAAAGAUUUAAAAGUACUUUGUUCAGAAGUUUGGGAUCUAACAAAACAGCUAUGUAGACCACCGUAUUUAAGAAACACUGUACUAGCAUGUGCAAUACAAUUUGGACUUACCAGUAGUUAUUACACACUCAUGGUUUGGUUCCCAGAAUUAUUUACCAGAUUCGAGGAGUUUGAAAUUGAUCAUCCUGGUGAAUCAACAUCAGUUUGUAUUGUAUCUUCAUUAUCAGGAAAUGGAACAAUCAUUGAUCCAUAUGGUUGCAAUACAAUAAUUGCACCAAGUGUUUAUUUACACACUGUUUAUAUUGGUCUUGCUUGUAUACCUGGUUCAAUUAUUAUUCCAAUAUUCAUUCAUAAAGUUGGUGCCAAAGUUUUUCUUUUUGCAUCACUUGUUAUUUCUGGAGCAGUCACUGUAGGUUUUUAUUAUGUCGUUAGUUCCGAUCAGAAUCUCAUUCUUUCAUGUGUUUUUGAAGCUCUUACAUCUUUGGGUAUAUCAUUAGUUUACUGUGUUAUUGUUGACAUGUUUCCAACAAAUCUCAGAGUUAUGGCUGCUGCAUUGUCAUUGACAAUGGGAAGACUUGGUGCACUUGUUGGUAACUUAUUAUUUGGUUAUCUUAUUGAUCUUGCAUGUGUUGUACCAGUUGUUAUAUUUGCAGUAUUUUUAUUCAUUUGUGGUAUUUUAUCAACUCAGUUACCAAAAACUGGAAAAGAUACACUGGAUUGAAUACUUAGUUCUAUAUAUUAUUAAUAAAUUUUAAUCUU